AUGGCUCAGCCAGCGUCUCCGUCGUCUGCCGACCCGCUGGGCUCGUGCCACGAGGAGGUCGUUCUCUCGGCGUCGCUGCGUGCGCCUGGCAGCGAGCCGCGCCCCGAAGGAGGCGAUGCGGCGGGAGGCGUGUCUGGUGCCGACCUUGCGGGGGCGGCGGAACCGAGCGAGGCGAAGACUUUGGAGCGAAGUGACGCUGCAGCGACUGCGAGCCCUGCUGCAGGCCGCCAAGACAAGAGUUCGCAUUCGGAGCACGUCUCCUCCGCGCCUUUCGUCGGCGACUCGACACCGCUGUCGGCCGCCCUGCAUGCAUCUGGACUGCCGUUGUAUCCGCUUGUCCAUGGGUGCGGCGCUGACACCACCGUGAGCUACCCGCGCUCGCGGUGCUCGUCGUCGCACAGCUCACUCCGCGCUUUGCAAGACCGCGGCUCGUUCGGCUCCGCUCCGUUAUUCGAGGGAAAUGCGGCGGCCGUGGCGUCUGGCGCACACCGCGUCGACGGCCUUGGCUUCGGCUGUACUGACACCUCGCCGGGCCUCCCGCCGCUGGGCGGCGGGAGCAGCCCGGCCAGCGAGUUCCGCAACUCGGAGUUUUUUCAAGGGGGCAGAGACCCCCGGGGGGCGGUGACUUGCCCGUGCGCGCAGAACAGAAGGCCGUUUCUCUCGCGGAACGCUUCUGUCGAUCGCCGGGCGAUUCCACCGCCUCCGCUGCUCUCCUACGUGCCGCCGCAAAAGUGUCUCUGUUGCCAGAUGACGGCGUCCGCUGACGAGGAGGCGAAGCCGCCCUCGUCAGAGCAGGGCGAGCAGAAGGGAAAGCGCACCGACAGUGUCGGCGCGGUCGACGCGCGAGGCUCGAAGGGAGGGCCCUGCGGCGACGACAGUGGAGCGAGGCGACGCGGCACGCUGAGUGAAGACGCCACACCGCUGGAGCGGAGAGCAGAAGGCUUUCGGCCGCCCCCUGCUGGUGCAGACUGCAGCGGCGGGGAGAUCCGAACGAUUCCCGAGGCUCGCGUGUCUCUGGAGGACAUGAACCAGAAGAGCAGGGCAGGCGGGGCUGGAGCCGAGUCGCUGUCGCCCGUUCGGUCUCUCUCCUGUCCCUCCUCGUCAGCGUAUGCCCGCACGGUGGACCAAGGAGCAGGCGACGCCGCGACAGACGGCUCAGGCGCGACAGACGGCUCAGGCGCGACAGCCGCGCGAGCCUCGGCCUCCACGUCUGAGUGGACUGCGCCCUUCGUCGAGGCGCUCAUUCUGCAACUCAGGCGCCGCGAGCUCCGCGGGAGCCACCAAGCAGCCAGGCGAACUGCCGAGGUCCUCCGCCGCCUCGUAGACGUGUAUCCCUGGCAGACGACUCACGAGCUGGUGGAAGUCAUCAAGCACGUCGGCCGGCGGCUCAUUCGCGCAAGUCCUAUGGAGUUCCUUGUUGCCAAUAUUCUCAGAAGAGUUCUGUGCAUCGUCCGCCGCGAGCACUACAAGCACGUGGAGCUGCAGCGGCAUAAGCAAGAGGAGCAAGCGGCGCAGCGCGCGCGGGAAAAGUCGAGUUUGUUGGCUGUCGCAGCCUCCUCGGGGGGGGGCACGGCGCCGCCGCUGGAGCGCGAGGACGAAGACAAGAAGAGCGCGUCGGAUGCCUUCUCUGAAUGCACCACGUGCCGAGCCUGUGGCUGCUGCGUGUCGUCGCCGUCGUUGGAGUGGCGUUCGGGUGUGGGGAGUUCCGCGGCUGGUGGGGCUUCGCGCGCCAGCCACCGCGCGUCGCUCUCUUCUGACUCCUCGCUGUCUGCCUGCUCAUCGUUCCGUUCGGCCUCUGCCGUGUCCUUCUCGGCGUGCUCGUCGUUCCCCUCUUCUUCGUCGUCCUCUGUUAACCUCACGCUGAGCUCGGGGCAGGUCCUGGGCUCCACGCUCCGCCCUGGCUGCAGCGGGGAGAAUCUGCUCUUCGCCUCGCAGAAACGGUCGGCGCUGCAUGCACCCGGCGCCGCCGGCGCGCAGCACCUCGGGCGUUGGUCUUCGCAGCGCGCCGCGCCCUCCAUGGAGAUGUACUUCGACCCCUACUCGUCCCCAGGCGCCGACGACCUCUUGCCGAUGCCCGCGACGGUGAAGCAGUCGAUCUUUGAGGGCAUUAGCGAGUUGGUAGCGGAGGUCGAUAGUGCGUGGGAAGAGGGCGACGACGUGCGGACGGCGUGCUUCCUGAACGGGGACUGCAUUUUGACUUACGGAUACUCUCUCGCCGUCGAGCGACUCUUGAAGGCGAUUCACCGCAAGAACCAAGGCGAGGGGGUGACCGCGAGCAGCCGCAAGAAGAAGAAACGUGUGCGAUGCAGCUUCCAGGUGAUUGUGCUCGGCGGUGAUCCCGAGCAAGGCGGAAAGAAGAUGGCUAAAUGCCUCGUCGCGUGCGGGAUAAAGACUGCGUACGUCGCCGACGGAGCCCUCUUCGCGGUAAUGAACAAAGUCGACAAAGUCGUACUCGGGACUAUGGCAGUUCUCUCCUCGGGCGGCGCUGUGACAAUCAGCGGAGGGCGCUACGUGGCUGAGGCCGCGAAGACCUUCAGCAAACCGGUGAUCGUCGUCGCGCCUUUAUUCAAGCUGACGCAUCUGCCGCUCUAUGAUCACCACUCGCGCAACGAGCUCAUUCCCCCUGCGCUGCUUCUGCCGGACAGCGCCGAGAUGGAGAACGUCAGCGUGCGCAUUCCGCUCUACGAUUACAUCCCCGACCAUCUCUUGACAGUGUUUAUCACGGAAAUCGGCCCUGUAGAUCCCUCGUAUCUCUUCACGCUGUCUAAGCAGCGGUACCACAUCGAGGAUCUCGACCUCUGCGCUCUCGACUGA